UUUAACUAAGUUAUUAUGAUAUCAGUAAUAAAACUGGUUUGUUUUGGAGUCCUUUUGAUAGGGACAGUAUUUGGCAGUGGUGCCAGUUCUUCCACCCAAUUAGAGGAACCUCAACAUACAAUAAUAAAAGAGUAUUUUAGAGAAGAGUUUGAUGAUGAGGAUGAAUGGCAGAAACGGUGGGUUCAGUCUAAACACAGAACUGAUUAUGGUAAAUUUCGAAUAUCUGCAGGGAGGUUCUAUGGAGACAGAGAAAAAGAUAAAGGCCUGCAGACCACUGAAGAUACAAAAUACUAUUCAGUGUCAGCAAGGUUUCGGCCAUUCAAUAAUGAAGGUCAAACCUUAGUGAUUCAGUAUACAGUAAAAUAUGACCAACAUGUUGACUGUGGUGGUGCCUAUAUUAAACUUUUCCCUGAAGAUGUGAAUCAAGAGACUUUGAAUGAAGAUACCAGGUAUUACAUUAUGUUUGGCCCCGAUAUUUGCGGAGAGGACAAAAAGAUUGUGCAAGUUAUUUUUAACUAUAAAGAUGACUACUAUAUGAUCAAUAAGGAUAUCAAAUGUGAGACGGAUGAUUUUACCCAUCUGUACACUCUGAUCGUUCGUCCAGACCUUACUUAUGAAGUGAAGAUUGAUAAUUAUGUGGCUGAAGCUGGCCAUCUAGAAGAACACUGGGAUUUCCUUCCUCCAAAAAAGAUAAUUGAUCCUGAUGCACAAAAACCUGACUACUGGGAUGAAAGGGAGAUUAUUGAAGAUCCCAUGGACAAGAAACCAGAUGACUGGGACCAGCCAGAAAGGAUCCCUGAUCCAAAUUUUGAAAAACCAAAUGACUGGGAUGAAGAGAUGGAUGGAGAGUGGGCACCUCCAUUGAUUCCCAACCUGGAAUAUAAGGGAAUAUGGAAACCUCGUAUAAUUAAAAAUCCCAAUUAUAAUGGCAUCUGGGUCCAGCCAGAAGUAGAUAACCCAGAAUACACUCCAGAUCCUAGUCUUUACAAAUAUUUCAAUAUUAGUGUUAUUGGCUUGGAAAUUUUACAGGGAAGAUCUGGUACUAUCUUUGAUAAUUUUCUUAUCACAAAUGAUGAAAAGUAUGCUGAAGAUGCUGGUAAUGAAAUGUGGGGUGUCACAUAUGAAAGAGAAUGGAAGAGAAGGGAGAGACAAGAUACAGUAUAUAAAAAAAUAAAUGACAAGGAGGAACCAAAAGGAAAGGAGGCUAAGAAAGAAAAAAAGGAAGAGGAUCCCAAUGUUAAAGAUGAGCUCUAAUGAACCAAAUCUGCUGCUUAAUCAGCACUCGGCAUGUUGUUAAAUUUCUUAAUAUUGUACUGACAUAUUUUCUAAUCUCUUUUGAAUUGCAGAAAUGAAAUGCCAAUAAAAAAUUCAGACAUACAAA